AUGUCCACACCUUGCUUGGAUUCAGAAGAUGCCUCUCAGGGUCCCGCACUUCUGGCAAGAGAGUCUGAUCCAUUCAUCUUGAAUGAUGUGCAGGAAAUAAUCUACAAUGAUCUUGCUCUUGAAUCUGAAGCACUGGGGGAUGAGGAACCUGAAAUCCAAGGAGCUCAAAGCCAUAAGAAGAGAAGAAAAGCAGCUGUCUCAACCAAGAACAAAGCAUAUUGGGCCCCUUUGAUCCAAUCUGCGAACAAUGCUGUUGCAGCAUCUCUCCGUCCUGCUAACAGUAUCACUGACCAAGGCAAGUGCAGCCGCUGGAUUAGCAAGUACCAUGGUGAAGCUCAGUCCGCCCUCCUGGCGGCUAUUGCCCUCACUUGUGGUAUUCUGCCUAGAGCAUUUCAACUCUCCAAGCUCUUGCAUCACAAUCAUGCAGCCAGCUCUAGGAAAAAGAAUCUCUUUCUGCUCAAUGACAGCAGUCUUGUUCUGGCCAACCCACCAGCCAAGCAGUAUACUAAGGACACUCAAUCUUGCUUGUGGUCAUUGCCGGAUGAACUGAAGAAACCCAUGCUUCUCUUUUUGGAACAAAGCAAGCAGUGCACAGAGGCACAAAUAGCUGACUAUGCCCCAUAUAUCUUUUUCAAGGCAGAAAGUCGUCACAGGAACACUCGCAACCCAUCUCUGUGGAGAUCUGAGGCAGUUGCAUUCCCCAAUCUAUUCCAGAUAAGUGUGGAGGCUCCCUUGUCUGCUAUUGACACUCAGGUACUAUGGUCAAAUAUCUACCGUUUCCCCAAUGUUGGCCCUAACACUCCAACAAGUAACCCAUAUGAGGUUAGCAAGGGUUUUCAAGCUUUCUAUGGUCUAGCCUCUGUAGAGAAACUUUCUGCCAAUGUACUUGAUUGCUGUGGCUUUUUACCCAGCAGUCUUUGCAUUGCCCCUAUGGUCUUGCAAGUUGCUAGGGAAUCUGUUGUAUGCCUGCACCUUUUGGACUCCCCCGCAAGCUCAAGCCUGUGGGCUGCCACACAGGGUAAAAACAUUGCUCGAUGCAAUGCCAUUGCCAACAUGUGCUCCCAGUGCGUCAAGCUCAUCACUCAUGGCUUUUCCAUCACUGGUAUCACCAACCUCACCAUGCACUACUUCUACUAUGAAACUGCCAUUGUCCUUGUUUUUGGUGUUAAGCUCAUUGGGUAG